GGGGCAGUUUUUAUUCCAGCUGUGUGUGUGUGUGUGUGCGUGUGUGUGUGUGUGUGUGUAGAUUUCAUGAGUUUCAUCUGAUAAUACUGAUUGCUGCUGGGAAGAACAAUCCAUUCUCUGUCUGCAGCAAAGAGACAUCUCCUCGUUAAUCUGGCGCGAUGAAAGGAGGAUUACAGGUGCUGCUCCUGGCAGUGUUCAUGCUCCUGGCAAGAUGUCAAAAUAUAAAAGUUUCAAUGUAUCCCCCAUUCAAGGAGGUCUUUUCUGGGGACUUAUUUUAUUUGCGCUGUGAGAACAAUACAAGUGGGAACACAGUGAAAUGGUACAUCAACAACACCGAACAACAGUGGACAAACGAAAUCUGGAAGAUAGAAGUUGCUGCCCCCGAGCACGCAGGCUUGUAUCACUGCGAGAUCAAUGGGCAAGAGAGUAACUCCUUAAACAUCAGCGUCCUGGAAUACCUUCCCAUUGCCUCACUCGUCAUCAAGACGGGUCUGCCAGUGAUGCGGACUGGAGGUUCAGUUGUCCUGGAGCUUGAAAAUGAGGAUGGUCUGCAGGGAUGGACCUGCUGGGUUUACAGGCCAAGUAUAAAACAGAUGAGAAAGAUUGCGUUGAAGCUGAAGGACGACAGUGUGAAUCUGGCCUUUCAACCCUACAGACUGCUUGUCCCUGAGACCAUUUUCUGGUGUACUGAUAGAAAUCAAGACCACAGGAGUAACCAAAUCACAGUCAGGACCUCAGGCAAGGCCAUAGCUCUGGAAAUGGAUCCCCUGCCUGCUCUAGCUGGGGGUAGUAUCACGCUAAAAUGCGUUGCCUGGGGCACAGAUAAAAUUAGCCGUGCUGUUUUCUACAAACACAAUACAAUCCUUCAGGACAGCCAAAGUUCUACAUACACAAUCAGUUACUUGACAGAAAAGGUAAACGGGGAUUAUAAGUGUAAUGCCACCUACAAACACGUGGCCAGCACUGGAGGGCCCCCAUACGAAGAGGUCUCUGAUAAUCAAGACCUGUUUGUCCAAGAGCCUCCUAUGAAACCGGUGCUCAGCAGCAUGACGUGUUCUUGUCCAGGUUGUCCCAGUGAUGCCAAAUAUCGUUGGUACAACAUGGAUCAUAAACAACGGAAACAUCUAGAUUUCAAAACAAACUACAUGAAGCCAGAAGAGAGUGGUACUUAUGCAUGUCAAGCUAUGUGGAAAAACAUGAGGACUCGUCUCAGCAACACUGAAGUUUAUCACCAUCAGAUCGAUCCCACUGGAGUAGUAAUGCUAAUAGGAAUGGUUGUUUUUAUCAUCUGUGCCAUGCUGUGCAUCGCAUGUGCAGUGUAUAAAUGGUAUAAGAAGAGACAUGGCACAGGAGCAAUUUACGAGGAUGUGGCCAUGAAGUCACGAGAAAAAGGUGAUGACCAAUACGAGGAGCUACAGAAGCCACGUGGUGCCCAAAAGGAGGGCGAGUACGACACCCUUCACCCGGAUGCACCAGGCAAAGAAAAGAAAGAGAGCGAAUACGAACCACUGAAGAAAGAGGAAAUGAAAGAUGGGGUGUACCACAGCCUGGGGACGGGUGGGGCAGUUGGAGGAGAUGGAGGGUAUGAAGCACUGAAGAAAGAGGGAAUGAAAGAGGGGCUAUACCAGAGUCUGGGGGUAGAAGGGGCAGUUGCAGGAGACGGAGGGUAUGAAGCACUGAAGAAAGAGGGAAUGAAAGAGGGGCUAUACCAGAGUCUGGGGGUAGAAGGGGCAGUUGGAGGAGACGGAGGGUAUGAAGCACUGAAGAAAGAGGGAAUGAAAGAGGGGCUAUACCAGAGUCUGGGGGUAGAAGGGGCAGUUGGAGGAGACGGAGGGUAUGAAGCACUGAAGAAAGAGGGAAUGAAAGAGGGGCUAUACCAGAGCCUGGGGGUGGAGGGGGCAGUUGGAGGAGAUGGAGGGUAUGAGGCCUUAGGGAAGGCAAAAGACAAAGAUUAUGAGAUAGUGGAUGAAAAGAAGCAGGAAAAGGCAGAUGAGCAAAAGACUAAGCCAUGAAAUGAAAGAUGGGUCUCAGUAUCUAAUUAAGAAAAAUUACAUUUCCCACAAACCAGCAAUAUCGGGUGAUAUUUAAAUUCAAUGAUUAGCCAAAAGUUGUUAGUGCUGUAUGGGAAAUGUAAGUAACAAAACAAAAGUCUAGAGAAGUUUAGAGAAGUGCAAGACUACCAAAUAACACAAUAAAGAAGAUCACAAUAGUUUCCAUCCAUCCAUCCAUCGUCAACCGCUUAUCCCGUGUACUGGGUUGCGGGGGGCUGGAUCCUAUCCCACAAUAGUUUCCUUUACUUAUUAAUUAUAUUAAUCAUGUUAAUGAUAUGGAAUAUUCUGCAAAAUGUAAACUGUCAUCACAUCAGGUUACCACAACAGAAAAGUGUUCAUUUUGUGACACCAACAGUAAAAAAACAACAACACAACAAAUCUAUCCGAUGUGCAAGGUUAACAAAGCCUUACUUUCAUUGAAGCGAUAAGGGGAACAAGUGGUAUUAGUUGAUCUUUAGUCAUUUGACCAAUUGUUCAGCUCUGACGCUUAAAUUUUCUAACCCUCAUACUCAUUAUAUAUAUAUACCCCCACUAACAGAUUUACAGAUUUAUUCUUCAACUCACUCAAACUAAAAAGUGAGCUUUUUCAUAACAAUGUCUUAACAGUUCUGGGCUUUUUAUAAAGGCAGACUGAUCAAACUUAUCAAAACCAGCUUUCAGUGAUGGGGCAAGGGUGAGUGUAUUCAUAUCUUCUAUAUACAUAUUUUCAAGCAAAAAACUAAUUUGCUUAUGUUCACUUGCUUAUGUUUAGUCAUAUUGUCACUUGUACAGACAUGGAGAAGAGUCUAUAUAUUUUUGUUUUGCUGUUUGCAAUAUUCUAUUAUUUGUGCACAAAAUAAAUGGCGUAAUAUUACACAUUUCACAUUUACUAUCACAACAGAUUUUGCUUUUGCUUUCCAAUGUAAAAGCACCUUAUAAUCCAGUGUGUAGGAUGAUCAGAUAGCAGCUUAAUUUGCAGUGUAAAUGCAGUAUCGUUAGAGAUUUCAUUUCAUGUACUGAAAUAAAUCUUUUUUGAUUAA